GUCUAUCGGCUGAAGGAAAUGUGGUUCAGGUGUCGUCGUUCUCCAAAAGAGCGACGACUCUCAGACGGCAAGUAGCCACGAGAUGCGGAUAUGCAGUGACAGAGUCGCGAGGCGGAAUCGCAGGCGAGGGCUUUCGAUUUGGGGUGGUGGUGUCCAAGUUCAACGAGAUUGUAACGAAGCCUCUACUGUCGGGCGCGAUUGACACGUUCAGGCGGCAUGGCGUGGACAAGGACCACAUUGAGGUGGCGUGGGUGCCGGGCAGCUUCGAAAUUCCCCUGGUGGCGCAGGAGAUGGCCAAGUCGGGCAACUUCGACGCUGUGCUCUGCAUUGGCGCUGUGGUGCGGGGCUCCACCACUCAUUAUGAUGCCGUUGCGAACAAUGCUGCCAGUGGCGUUCUGAGUGCAGGUCUAAACUCAGGCAUUCCUUGUGUCUUUGGGGUUCUCACAUGUGAGACAAUGGAGCAGGCGAUGGACAGGGCUGGAGGCAAGCUUGGCAACAAAGGAGCAGAGGCGGCUGUCACAGCG